UAGCCCGGAGCUGGCCCCAGCGCGCUCUGGGUCUUGGCGGGGCUUCUGUCAAGCCGCUGGCUCCAGGGCACGCUCCGCCUCCUCAGCUUAAGGGGACGGCCUGGCCCAGCUGUGACCGAUCCAAACCGAGCACAGGGAAGAAAGUUUUGCAGCGCGGAGGGGAGUUGGGCCGCGGGAGGAAGGAAACCCAAAGAGGAGGGUCUCCACUCCAAGUUUGUUUGGCGGUCGCUGCGAUCGUGGGGCGCCUGUCCCGCAGCUCGCCGUAGCGGCCAGACUUCAACCUUCCGGGCGGAUGGGACUCUCUGUUCGGGUCUGAGACCGGCGCUAGAGGCUCAGUCAGGGGCCGGGGAGGAACUUCUCUUGCGAGCUGUCGCUGUGGGCCUUUAUUGUUUGCAGGAACUCUCCGGAAUCGGGAGGGGGAGGACUGGAUCGCGCUUCCACUGGGAAUCGUCAAGAGUUCCGGCGGCAGCUGUGGCUGCAGCGGAGACUCCCUUUGUCCUCUCAGGACCUCCCUCUCUCCCUCUCUCCCUCCCUCUAUCAGUUGGUGGGUCCAGCUGACCCGGGCGCCAGCGCCCCAGCUGCUCGCAGCGCUCCCAUCCCAGAGCUAGUCCUUGGUGACUCCAGCCUCCGUUGCUUAUCUACCCUGCCGAGCCAAGGGGGCUAAGGGCAGGAGGGAGUCUAAGGCCCCCCGGCCACAGGAUGAUGACCCGACGGUCUGCGGCCCGCAGCUCCGGGAGCUGGCUGUUCCCAGGGCUGUGGAUUGUGGUGCUCAGCGGUCCUGGGGGGCUGCUGCACGCGCAGGAGCAGCCCUCUUGCAGAAGAGCCUUUGAUCUUUACUUCGUCUUGGACAAGUCUGGGAGUGUGGCAAAUAACUGGAUUGAAAUUUAUAAUUUUGUCCAUCAACUUACUGAGAGAUUUGUGAGCCCUGAAAUGAGAUUAUCUUUCAUUGUGUUUUCUUCUCAAGCAACCAUCAUUUUGCCAUUAACUGGAGACAGAGACAAAAUCAAUAAAGGUUUGGAAGAUUUAAAAAGUGUUAGUCCAGUGGGAGAGACAUACAUCCAUGAAGGACUAAAGCUAGCGAAUGAACAAAUUCAGAAAGCAGGAGGCUCAAAAACCUCCAGUAUCAUAAUUGCUCUGACAGAUGGUAAGUUGGACGGUCUGGUGCCAUCAUAUGCGGAGAAAGAGGCAAAGAUAUCCAGGUCACUUGGUGCUAAUGUUUAUUGCGUUGGUGUCCUUGAUUUUGAACAAGCUCAGCUCGAAAGAAUUGCCGACUCCAAGGAACAAGUUUUCCCUGUCAAAGGUGGAUUUCAGGCUCUUAAAGGAAUCAUCAAUUCUAUACUAGCUCAGUCAUGUACUGAAAUCCUGGAAUUGAGGCCCUCAAGUGUCUGUGUGGGGGAGGAAUUUCAGAUUGUUCUGAAUGGAAGAGGCUUCAUGUUGGGGAGUCGGAAUGGCAGUGUCCUCUGUACCUACACUGUCAAUGAGACAUACACCAUGAGUGUAAAACCAGUAAGUGUGCAGCUUAAUUCUAUGCUUUGUCCUGCACCUAUCCUGAAUAAAGCUGGAGAAACUCUUGAUGUUUCAGUAAGCUUUAAUGGAGGAAAAUCUAUCAUUUCAAGCACACUAAUAGUCACAGCCACAGAAUGUUCUAACGGGAUUGCAGCCAUCAUUGCUAUUUUGGUGUUAUUGUUACUCUUGGGCAUGGGUUUGAUGUGGUGGUUUUGGCCCCUUUGCUGCAAAGUGGUUAUCAAGGAUCCUCCUCCACCACCACCACCUGCACCAAAAGAGGAAGAAGAAGAACCUUUACCUAACAAGAAAUGGCCAACUGUGGAUGCUUCUUAUUAUGGUGGUCGAGGGGUUGGAGGAAUUAAGAGAAUGGAGGUUCGCUGGGGUGAUAAAGGAUCUACUGAGGAAGGUGCAAGGUUAGAGAAAGCCAAAAAUGCCGUGGUGAAGAUUCCUGAAGAAGAGGAACCUGUCAGGCCUAGGCCACCUAGGCCCAAACCCACUUACCAGCCACCACAGACAAAGUGGUACGCGCCAAUUAAGGGUCCUCUUGAUGCACUCUGGGCUUUGUUGCGGCGGCAGUAUGACCGGGUUUCCUUGAUGCGACCUCAGGAAGGAGAUGAGGUUUGUAUAGGGGAAUGUGCUGGGAAACAGUUGACUGCUGUACCAGGAUAAUGGAAGUACUGGAAUAUUCUGCGGAAUUAAUGUUAAAGCCCUU